AUGCAUAGCUUUUUUUUAACUUUUAGAGAUACUAAUGUAGAAGAAUCCUAUCAAAUGAAAAACCAACAUUCAAAGAGAUUAAAUACUUUUCUAUUCAUAAGUAGUGGAUUUAUAUUAGCAUUUUUGAUAAAAGUUAUACAAUCUAUUUCCCAAGAUAAUAUGUAUGCUUUCUAUCUCAAUAUUAUAAUUCUUUCAUAUCUAUGUCUAUAAUUAGCAAUAUUUUGGAAAAAAAAUAAAUAUCUUCGCCUAGGCAUAAUAAUACUUAAUCAUUUGAUGACGAUUUACUUUAUUGUUUUUGAAGAUAGAACAGGAGUUGAUAAUUAAAUGGCCAUGCUAUAAGGGGUGAACUAGAUGGCAGCAUGUUAUUUACUUAUUUUAACAGGAGAAUACAUUGAUGGAAUGCUAACAAUCAUUUCACUAUAAAUAUUUAGAAUUAGUUGGGUUUUAAUUAAGACUGAAAGAAUUUAAUAUUCAGCUCCUAUUACAUCUAUGAUCUUAAUACUUUCCAUAAAUUAUUUCAAUUUUUAAUAUAAUAAAGCAAAACGUUCAUAAUAUUUACUUUCUUUGGCAGAUUGUAGAUGGGAGGAAAUUCUAUAAAAGCUGUAAAUUUAGUAAUCUUACUUAAUUUUAUAAUUUUAAGAAGAUACUUUACGUUAUACAAUCAAAAAUUUUAGGAAUUGUGAAAAAAUGUUUAAAACUUAGGAGGAAGCAUAAACUUUUCUUAGAAUAGCUUCUCAUCAUAAUAAUUUAUUACAAAAUGUAAUUCACAAAAAUAUGAAUGAAUUUAAAAAGACUACUCAUGGAAGUUUUAAUGAAACAAUUUUAAUAAAUUUUAAAAAAUAAACAAUCCGUACUGAGAUUUCUAUAUACAAAGGUGAUUAACCUACAAUACUUUUGAUAUUUAGAAAUUUUUUUAUUGAAAACAAAAUAAAUCCAGUAUCAAUUCAAAAAUAAUUUGGGCAUGCAAUAAAAUUGAUAGUAAAAAUACUAGAAAAAAUACGUGGAGCUCAAUUCUUUGAGAUUUAAUAUUUGAUGAUUUAAAGAAAAUUGAUUUUGGUACAUUUAAUGAUAAAUGUACAAAAUAAGAUAAAGAUAAAGACAAUAUUUCUAAAUGAUUUUAUAAAUCAUGCAAUAUAACUCUAUUCAGAUUUAAAGAUAAGAUUAUAUUAUAAUUGUAAUUCGAAAAUAGAAACAAUAAUUAGUAUUUUAUAAAUAUUAAUAAUUUUGAUUUUUGAGAACAGACAAAGUGACUUUUUAAGUAUAACAACAUUAAUGACAUCAACUGAAAAUGUUCAAUGUAUAUUUCAUGGUAGAUUUAAUUUAGAGAAAUUGGAAAGGUUUUAAAAAGUGUAUGAGUUACCUUGGUUAUUGAUAUUUGAAUCUUUACAUUUUGAUGAAUAUGGUAAUGUAUUUAAUAAAUGUAGUUCUCACAUUAACAUUUAAUAAAAAUAUUGGAAUUCCUUUUAGUGCUUGA